GUUUCGGCCCUUCACGCAUUUGGAGUACCGUACACCAUAGGAAAUUAAUGGCCAAAUGCGUCACCAGGCGGAAAGAGUCGGGGAUGCGAACGUGAGGUGUUGAUUGGCCCAGAGACCAGAGUUCUUCCAAACGGCUAAGCGACUAGACCCCAACAAAGCAACAAAGCAAACAUCGCGACUUUUUUGAAACCGCGGCGGCAGAACGGAGAUAUACUGGGAGUAGGGCUGUUCCGAUCUGUUUGGAUCUAUUUACGUCGUUGGUCGUCCUCUUUGUCUUCUUACAACUUCGUACACCUCCUCUGACCCCAUCAUCAACCUGAAGAUGGCUGACAAGGACGCUGGCACCCCGCGAGUCUUCCUCGUAAGGCACGGCCAGACAGAAUGGACCAUCUCCGGUCAAUGCACCGGUAGUACCGACAUUCCUCUGACCGCCGUCGGUGAGAGCCAAGUGCUUUCGUCCAGCAAGGCUGUGGUGGGGCAGGGCAAGCUCAUCGACCCCUCCAAGCUCACCAAAGUCUUCAUCAGCCCACGCACCCGGGCCCAGCGCACCUACGAUCUCCUAUUCGACGAUGCUGCCAAGGCGGUCUUGAAAGGGAAGGUUGAGAUAACGGAGGAUAUCCGGGAGUGGGAGUACGGAGCCUACGAGGGCGUGACGCCGACGGACAUCCGCAAGCAGCGCCAGGAGAAGGGGCUGGAUAAGGAGAGGCCAUGGAACAUCUGGCAUGAUGGCUGCGAGGACGGAGAGUCCCCGACUGAGGUUGCCACGCGGCUGGACGAGCUGAUUGCGAAGAUCAAGCAGCUGCAGGCGCCGUGUAUGGAUGGCUGGAGGCCGGCGGACAUUGUGGUGAUCGCGCAUGGACACAGCUUGAGGGCUUUUGCGAAGCGGUGGAUUGGGUUCGAGAUGGGGAUGAAGCUGCCGUUAAUGUUGGAGCCGGGGGCGGUGGGGGUGCUGAGCUAUGAGCACCAUAGGGUGGAUGAGCCGGCUUUGCUGUUGGGGGUUAAUAUGGGAGCUUCGGAGUGAGGGGGUAGACGAGUCAUGAUGAAAUGAGCAGCUUACUAUACGCACACUCGGUGAGGGGGUAGGUAGUUGAACGAGCGGGAACACUCAUCCGGGAGGCGAUGAACGAUUCUCCCCUUCUUCCUUCCCACGCACAGGCAAAUCCAGGAGCUCUGCUCUCUUCCCGUUUCCCGUUUCCCGUUUCCCGCACCGUUCACCACAUCAUCAUCCCUCCCACAAGUGAGGUAAUGCAGCUACGCAAGAUGUUGCACAAUUGUGGCAAGCUCGUGAAGAUAUUUCCCCUUCCCCCCCCCUCACCAAUGGGCGGGCACAUGCCGUCCCGUCCUUGGCUACGAUGGGGAUUAGUGUAGAGACAUGACCUAUUGCUACACGGACGUGACAAGUUUCUGGAUUUUGGCUUUCUUUCCAGAUCUGUAUCUGAUCGGUGGAAUGG